AUGGCGUCGGCGCGAUCGCGGCGCAUGUCAUCCCACGUUCCUCAUUCCGCCGUAGCCCCACUCGGCCUAACCCUGCUGACCCCGUCAGCCCUGCUCCCGCUCCUCCUGCUGGUCGCCAUCGUCGAAUCGCCGUGGCUUUCCGCCUCUGCGGCGGGUCAACUCCCCGAUGAGAGCACAUCGUUCGGCGUGAGCACCGACCUCGGUGUAGCACCGGACAUCGGCAGUGGUGGUUCCCCGCUAUCCGUAAAAACGGCGUCUGCCACCGACGGCUCUGAUCGCACGAUCAAUCUCAUGGCGAUGACGACAACGGCCGGCACGGGGAAAUCUUCCGGGACCGGAAAAUCAACCAGCGCUGGGACGGGUGUCGGCACAGGCAAGGGCGCGGGGACGGGUGCGGGGACCGGCGGGAGCAAAGGAACGGGAACCGGAGAUCGGAAGGUGCCGGAAAUUGGGUCCGGCGCGGGGAAAAGUACUGGGGCAGGUGCGGGGAAAGGUACGGGAACGGGUGCGGGGAAGGGUACGGGAACGGGUGCGGGGAAGGGUACGGGAACGGGUACGGGGAAGGGUACGGGAACGGGCGCGGGGAAGGGUACGGGAACGGGCGCGGGGAAGGGUACGGGAACGGGCGCGGGGAAGGGUACGGGAACGGGCGCGGGGAAGGGUACGGGAACGGGCGCGGGGAAGGGUACGGGAACAGACGCGGGGAAGGGUACAGGGACAGGAGCGGGGAAAGGUACGGGGACAGGAGGGGGAAAAGGAACGGGUACUGGUGCGGGGAAGGGUACGGGGACGGGCACUGGGAAAGGUACGGGGACAGGCGCGGGGACAGGAACAGGCACGGGGAAAGGUACGGGGACAGGCGCGGGGACAGGAACAGGUACGGGGAAAGGUACGGGGACAGGUGCAGGGAAAGGUACGGGUACCGGCGCGGGAACAGGUACGGGGACUGGCACGGGAACAGGCGCGGGGAAAGGUACAGGGACAGGCGCGGGGGGAGGUGCGGGGACAGGCGCCGGGGGGGGUACGGGGGCAGGCGCGGGGGGGGGUACGGGGACAGGCGCGGGGGGAAUUACGGGAACGGGAAAGGGAAGCAGUGGAGGCAAGGGGAAGGGGAAAGGGGGGGGGAACUCAAGGGGCUCCGGAUCUGGCUCGGGGAAAGGAACUGGCACGGGUGGAGGCUUGGGAACUGGUUCGGGAACUGGUUCGGGAAUGGACGCUGGAUCUAAAUCCGGGAAAUCCUCAGGGGAUGGCGGAGAUGUGAUCCACGGAGGGGGGAGCGGAGGGGGAAGUGGGACGGGGAGCGGAGGGAAAACUGGUGGGGGAACGGGGAGUGGGACGGGGAGUGGGACGGGGAGUGGGACGGGAAGCGGGACGGGGAGUCAGACCGGCAGCGGAGGGCAAGCGAGCGGUGGAGGGGGGAGCCAGAAUGGAGGGGGAGCGGGCUCCGGAGGCGGAGCGUCAGGCGGAGGGUCAGGCGGAGGGUCAGGCGGAGGGUCAGGCGGAGGGUCAGGCGGAGGGUCAGGUGGAGGGUCAGGCGGAGGGUCAGGCGGAGGGUCAGGCGGAGGGUCAAGCGGAGGUUCAGGCGGAGCGCCGGGCGGAGCGCCGGGUCCUAUCCUGACAGCGGAGCAGGAGGCAACGCUGGCGAAAGUGAACGAGGUUCUGUCGUUUCUGUACGAGCGGAAAUUCACGGGGGUUGCAACGGGCAUCCGAAUGAGCGGUAUGAAUGAGACGCUGAUGAAUACACUCCUCACCAAGAACGUUACGAUCUUUGCGCCAACCAAUGGAGCCUAUUUCCGCAUGCCCAAGAACACGCGCUUUGGUGGACUGCAACGGAAGAAGAGCAUUCUCUGGCAGGUGAUGGCUUAUCACGUGCUGCCACGUCGGAUGGAACUAGACGACAUCAAGGCCCUUGGGAAUGGGUUUCAGUUGGAAACCCUCGACAAACUACCGCUGAAGAAGAAUCAGACGGACUACUGGCUGAAGUUAUACAGGAUGGAGGACACAGAGGGCGCGCGUGUUCUGAUCGGCAACAUGUACUCGAGCCCAUCGAUUGUCGUCCACGCGGUCGAUACCGUGCUGCUCCCAUCCAGGGUCAGGAACACCGGCACGUGGACCCCGGUGUAG